CUUAAAGGCAAAAGCAGACAGAACCCGGUAGCAGAACAGCCAUUGUUUGUUUUUGUUGAUUGUAUUAGUAUUAUACCGGCUGCAUUGUAAUCUGUACGAGUUUUAUUAACUGGUUUUGGUAAUUAAUUAAAAGAAAUCGGAAUAUAUUUCGUGAAAGUAAUAAAUCAUUUGACAAAAAUGGCACUGGUGUUUAUUAUAUUGAUUUAUCUGAGUGUGGCUAGCGCCAAAAUAGACAAGUUUGAUGAAAACAGCAUAGUUGCUGAUAUUUCAAAUGCACAAGAGAAAAGAUAUAAACCAGAGUGGAGCGAUUUGGACACCCGACCUUUGCCCGAGUGGUACGAUAGGGCUAAAGUUGGGAUAUUUCUUCAUUGGGGCGUAUAUUCUGUGCCAAGUUUUCAUUCUGAAUGGUUUUGGAAUGUUUGGAAAGGUAGCAAGGAUAUUCAGGAGUACAUGCGAAAGAACUACCCUCCAGGUUUCUCCUACCAAGAUUUUGCACCGAUGUUUAAGGCAGAAUUUUUCUUACCUGAUCAAUUUGCCGAUCUCUUCUCAAAAGCUGGAGCAAAAUAUGUGGUCCUAACAAGCAAACAUCACGAGGGCUUUACGUUAUUUCCUUCAAAAAGAUCGUUUAGCUGGAAUGCAGUGGAUGUUGGUCCCCACCGGGACUUAGUGGGCGACUUGUCGAAGAGCAUCAGAGCUAAAGGGAUGAAAUUUGGCGUCUACCACUCGUUAUACGAAUGGUACAACCCAAUCUAUUUGCAAGAUGUGAAGAAUAAUUUUGCUACACGUGAUUUCGUGGAAACCAAACUGUGGCCUGAUAUAGAACAGAUUAUAAAUGAUUAUCAGCCCUCGGUGUUAUGGUCUGAUGGCGAUUGGGAAGCCACCGACCAAUACUGGAACUCUACUGGACUGUUAUCCUGGAUAUACAACGAUAGUCCAGUCAAGAAUGAAAUUGUAGUGAAUGAUAGAUGGGGUAAGGGUACCGCUUGUAAACAUGGAGAUUUUUACAACUGCGAAGAUAGGUAUAAUCCCGGACACUUGAUGAGCCACAAAUGGGAGAACGCUUUCACCAUAGACAAGAAAUCGUGGGGGUACCGAAGGGACAUGAAUCUGGAAGAUGUGAUGACAAUACGAGAGUUGAUCAAGCAGGUCGUGUCUACCGUCAGCUGUGGAGGAAAUGCACUUAUAAACGUGGGUCCAACGAAGGAAGGUACAAUAGCACCAAUAUUUCAAGAGAGACUGCUGGCCUUGGGCAAUUGGCUGAAAGUUAAUGGAGAGGCUAUUUACUCGUCGUCACCCUGGGUGCGACAAAACGAUACUAUUGAAGGCGACGUUUGGUAUACGUGUGCCAAAACAAAUUAUGAUGCCAACCAUCCAGUUCGAAAACCUAAUGCAUCAGAUAACAUAACUAAUAUUUACGCCAUAUUUUUAAGAUGGCCGCGUGAUAAUAUCCUAAAGAUGCGAUACAUUACGCCUUAUCUACACAGUGGCAACUAUAAGGUCAUGAUGUUAGGCUACGAUGGAUAUUUACAAUGGGAAAUAAAUAACGGUAUAUCUGAAAUUAAACUGCCAGACAAAGCUACGUUGUCUUCCGACUAUGCUUGGAGUUUGAAAUUCUUUUUGCAAUAAAAUUAUAAUUUCGUUAGCUGCAUGUGUUAUGGUCAGUGCAAAAUUGUAAACUUAUUUGUUGAGAUUUUAAAGGAUUUUUUUACUGGACUCACAUUUAAAAGUGUUGAAAUUUGUAUAAGUGGCAAUAAUUUAUUAUUAUAUCUUGGAUCAGACUGUAAUUUGUCCAAUAUGACUACAAUGUGAUUUAAUUAAAUACAAUAAACUCUUGGAA